CUUUCUUACAGGGCCACUUAGAUAUUUUAGGAAUUUAGUUUUUAUCACACCUUAAGAAUGCUGGCCCUUUCCUCGUCGCGCAGCGCUGCCUUCAGCGCCACAUCUCGGGUGCAGCCAGCUCGCCAGAUGGUUUUCCCGGCGCCCAGCCGAACUGCUCUGGUUGUCGAGGCGGCCGUGCCAAAGAAGAAGACCAGCAAGAGCAAGACGGCCAUUCGCAAGGCUGCUUGGAAGAAGGAGGUCCUGCCCUACGUUGAGCAGGCUUUGUUCAAGGCCAAGCUUGCGUUGAAGGAGGGUAGCCGCGACUCAUCAGACAAGGACAUGGUUGUCAGCGGGCAAACGGAAGCGGCCAGCUCGGAGAGCACUGAGAGCCACUGCGACAUCGUGCUGGAUGGGCUGUAA